UUUCCGUCGUCUCCUUCCCCAAUAUCCGUUUUCGAUUUAGGGCACCAAUCUCUGUAAAAAAAGCAUUUAAAAUCAAUCUUCUUCCCGAUACUCUCUAAUCCUAUCUCCAGUGUUUCUGAAUUGGGCAGUGCUAUCCUCUCCCCCUCCUCCUCUGUUCCGCUAUUGGCUGUUGCGUGUUUUGUAGCCGAAUGAUAUAUUGUCUCGCGUGAUUGUCAGCUCCUGCAAUGUCAAACCUUCAUUCCUCUCUCAAUGGUUCAGCUUCGAAUCUACCAGAUGGGUCUGGCAGAUCUUUUGCUGCUUCCUAUUCUGGUGCACCAUCUCCCAGUUUUCAUCAUUCUGGUGGUGGAAGUCUUCAGGGACUUCAUAAUCUUCAUGGUGGCUAUAAUGUCGGGAACAUGCAAGGUACACUUUCAUCAAGAAACUCAAGUAUGAAUAGCAUACCAUCUCCUGGUGUACAACAACCUAAUGGGAGUUUUUCCAGUGGAAGAUUUGCUUCAAGUAACAUCCCUGUUGCUCUCUCUCAGUUAUCUCAUAAUAGCUCACAUGGGCAUUCGGGAAUCCCAAACAGAGGAGGAAUAAAUGGAUUUAGUAGUAACGCAAAUGGAGUUGGUGGUUCUAUUCCUGGGGUUCUCUCCACAUCUCCAGGACUCAGUAAUCGGAACAGUGUUCCAAUGGGAAUGUCCCAAUUGUUGGGAAACGCAGGUCCUCGAAUAACAUCAAAUGCAAUGGGAAACAUGGUUGGUGGAGGUAACUUGAGGAAUAUCAGCACUGGUGGAUUGUCACGACUAACUUUGGGAGCUAAUAGCGGAUCAGGGUUAAGUGUUCAGGGACAGAACCGAAUGCUGGGUGGACUUCCUCAAGGAUCUCAGGUCAUGUCUAUGCUGGGGAACUCGUAUCACACUGGUGGCGGCCCCCUUUCGCAGAACAAUAUGAUGCUGAGUGAUCACUCUAAUGACAGUUCACUUUUUGAUAUCAAUAACGAUUUUCCCCAGCUGUCAAGUCGUCCUGGUUCCGCUAGUGGCAAUCAAGGACAACUCGGUUCUUUGAGGAAACAAGCUUCAGGAGUCCCCAUUGUCCAACAGAACCAGGAGUUCCGCAUCCAAAAUGAAGACUUUCCUGCCUUACCUGGAUAUAAAGGUGGUAGUUCUGAUUAUCCGAUGGACAUGCAUCAGAAAGAACAACUCCAUGACAAUGCUAUGUCAAUGAUGCACUCUCAAAACUUUCCUAUGGCUAGAUCUGGUGGUUUCAGCUUGGGGGGAACAUAUUCAUCACAUCGUCCACAACAACAGCCACAUACUUCAUCUACUGGUGGGCUACAAGGUCUUGGCCUGAGACCUCUAAACUCCUCCCUCAAUACAGUUUCAAGUAACGGUUAUGACCAGCUUAUUCCGCAGUAUCAGCAGCAACAAAACCAAUCCCAGUUUCCUGUGCAACAAAUGUCAUCUAUCAACCAAUUUAGAGAUUCUGAGAUGAAGUCGUCACAGUCUGAAGCAGAUCCUUUCUGCUUGCUUGGCUUGCUAGAGGUACUAAACGGGAGCAACCCUGAAUUGACCUCUCUUGCUCUUGGCAUCGACUUAACGACGCUAGGGUUGGAUUUGAAUUCAACUGGGAAUCUCUACAAGACAUUUGCUUCCCCUUGGACCAAUGAACCGGCAAAGACUGAGGUUGAGUUCACAGUACCAAGUUGUUACUACGCCACACCACCUCCGCCUCUCACUCGAGCAAGCUUCAAAAGAUUUUCCUAUGAGUUAUUGUUCUAUACAUUUUACAGUAUGCCAAAAGACCAAGCACAGCUAUACGCAGCAGAUGAACUUUACGAAAGAGGUUGGUUUUACCACAAGGAACUCAGAUUAUGGUUAUUCAGAGUUGGGGAACCUUUGGUCAGAACAGCUGUAUAUGAAAGAGGAACAUACGAGUGCCUUGAUCCAAACUCGUUCAAAACAGUCAGAAAGGAACAUUUUGUUGUCCAGUACGAGCACCUGGAGAAGAGACCAAGCUUGCUGCAGCAUUGACUUCAAGUAGGUUUGUUAAAUUACUAGCAUCUUUACAGUGUAAAGCUUCUUUCUCUUUUUCUUCAUGCAAGCCUCAUUGUUAAGAACCCAAACCAUAUCUUCACAAUCUUCAAUUUUUAACCUCAAAAGUUCUGCCAUAUAAAGUAAUAUACUAUAGUCAGUUUUCUUUUCUGUGUCUGUGUCUUAUGAUGAAUAAUAUUUAGUCUCUUUUAGUCUUGACCAAGCAUGACAAGAACGGGUAAAUAACUCGAUAGAAA